AUGAACUCCGAAGAUACCUAUCAUUCUGUGCAGGAUCGCUAUGGAGGCGUUGCAAAGCACGCCGGCCCUGAUAGCCAAAGGGCCUAUGAACGCAAGGUUGCAACCGCAUUUGGAUAUGAUCUAGAGGAUCUGCGCUCGAUCCCAGACAGCGCAAAUCUAGGCGUUAGCUGCGGCAACCCAUUAGCAACAGCAAACCUAAGAAAGGGCGAAACUGUAGUUGAUUUAGGUAGUGGCGGAGGCAUCGACGUUUUGCUAGCCGCAAAGAAGGUUGGAGUGGAAGGGAAGGCUAUUGGGAUUGACAUGACGAAGGACAUGCUAGAAUUGGCACGUCAAAACGCGACAAAUGUUGGCGCCGCCAACGUAGCCUUUAUCGAGGCUUUUAUUACUUCUAUCCCAAUGUCGUCAUCCACCGUCGAUUGCAUCAUCAGCAAUUGUGUGGUAAAUCUAGUGCCUGAAGCCGAGAAACAGCUUGUUUUCCAUGAGAUGUUUCGCCUGCUGAAGCCGGGAGGCAGGGUUGCAAUCAGCGACAUUCUGGCGAAGCGAGAACUGCCUGUGGAAAUCAAGACAGAUCUUUCUUUGUACGUUGGGUGUAUUGCCGGUGCAAGUCAGGUCAGCGACUAUGAACGGUAUUUGAAAGAAGCAGGUUUUCAAGAUACUUUGAUUUUAGACACAAACAGUGACCUAAACCUUUACAAGGAAAUGUGGCAAGGCGAACAGGUCAGCGAAUCGGCCGCUUCUGGCUCAUGCUGCAAUACAAAAUCCAGACCGUCUCAGAAGACGAAGAUGUCCGAUGUGGAUUUCAAUUUCUGGACUGGUUCAUUCAAAAUAUUUGCCAUUAAGCCAGACACACGCGAUUGA